UUGUCUACAACAAUUCAGGUAAACACACUUCUCUUAAUCGGUAUCAACUUAAUCGAAUGUAGUAAGGAGCCGCCUCCGCAGCAGGGUAAGCGUGAAAGGCCUAAACCACGUCCAUUACCUCCUCCACCACCAAAUAUUGAAUUGGCAGGAAGCGGGACGAAGGAUGAUCACACAUUGAAGUAA